AUGGAAAUUCAAAUAAUUAUGUCCGAAAAAGGCAAGGAGUUGGUUCUCUUAAAUAAUUUUAAAUACUGUUUUGUUAGAAAACGUAGUAAAGAUGGGUAUAUUAAAUGGAUCUGUACAAACAAAAAUUGCACUGCAAAUAUUCUAACAACUGCAGAUAAGAAGUCUCUGCAUCAGUCAUCUGGUGAACAUAAACAUUUAGUUAAUAGUCAACAAAAAAUUGAACGACAAAUAUUGAGGGAGAAUUGUAAGAGAAAAGCCGACGAUAAUAUUUCUACCAGGCCAUUAAAAAUUAUACGAAAUGAAUUAAUUAAAAAUAAGCCGACUGACAUAAUAUAUAGUGAUAUACAAUCUGUACGUAAAGCGAUGUACGAUAAGCGACGUAAAAUGUAUCCUGUUUUUCCCAUAUCAUUAAACGAAGCAAUUUCUCAACUAAAACUGGUGGAAAAUAAUUGUUGUUUAUUUAACGGAGAUCAAUUUGUUUUUGUUCCGGAAAAUGACGAAUUUGUUUGUAUAACUACAAAAGAAAAUUUAAAAUUUAUGACAACACAAAAUUAG